AUGUCAACAUCAUUUAGUACAAAUUUCAUAGUACUAUGUUUACUUUGGGGUUUAGAAUCGUCUUUAUCUUUGGUUGAAUCAAGUAAAGAUUGCACAAGUGCUAAGUGGAUUCCAAGACCUGACUAUGUACGAGAUUACACGUCGAGCAGACGGGGUACAUUCUUUAUUUCCCAGGGUUUAGUACGGGAUUCCAAGGGUUUUCAUCCGAAUAAGGUGUACUGGAAGAGUGACUCCAAUGGAGAAUACCUUUCCUUUGUCGAAUCUUCACAUAUAUAUACGCAUACUCCAGCAGAUUCCGAAUAUGAAAAAGGGACAACAAAUGAAUAUGGAAAUGGAUUCCAUGGCACCUUCGGAUUUAGAUUGUUUGCAAAGAGACAGAUUGAGAGCAACACCUCUGAAAAUGAUGGAAAUAAGAUUAAGACAAAAACACGAAUGACAAAGAAACCGCUGGAUAAAGAGAGACCAAAACGACCAAAAUUAAAACAGGAUAAAAAAAAUAAUAAAACAGCGGAAUCAUCAGAUAAUUCUGAUAAUUAUGAGCAUAGUGGAGAUAAUUCUAGAGAGAUAAUUUACUCUACAGGCCACGAUGACAAUUUAGCUUCACUCUCCAUAUCCAAAAGGAUGUUUCAUUCUAUUUUUAGUUUGUUAUCAUCUAAAUAUGUUCCAAAUUCCUACCAUAUUGUGCCUAUUUUGUAUCACUUGAGAGAUCAUCAAAAAACAGAUUUUCAAUACUAUUGGAGUGAUUUUCUUCAAGCUAAGACAGAUGAUGAGGAUAAUAUGAAUUCACCUUCUUCAGAUUCUAUGUCAAGCAAGGAGAGUCGAAAACUUACAAAUUUGAAAAAGUAUUCCAAAGCACUCCGCAACAACUUGAUGCAUAAGGUAAAACGUUAUAACGAAAUAUCUGCCAUAUUUUUGAACAACACCGAAUAUUCUACGGAAAAGGAUACAAAUGAACUAGUAUUAUCUAUUCCUUCUUCAAUUUUGGCUCGUCUCUCCCAAUCACCAAAAUAUAAUUCUACAAUUGAAACUACAGAUUAUCCAAUAUCACUAAUAACAUUAAAGGAAGGUUUCCUUUCGAAAAUGUACAAUAUGAUUGUGAGACCAGAGCUUAUCGACAUUAUUGAGAAGUUGUUUUUUUUUAGGAUAGAUGAACCACAUGGAUUCAUGGAUACCGCAACGACAUCUGAAGAAAUUAAGCCUAUUCCUAAGGAGGAUAUAAAAAAUGCAUUUGAUCAUUUAGAAUAUCGUAAAAAUGCUAAAAACACUAAGAAUUUAUCCGAAUAUAUACCUGAAAAAACUAGAAGAAUGCUAGCCAUAAUAUUCAAGUGCGCCAAAGAUAUCGUGUUUAUGAAUUCAUGUUCACUUCUGUUGGAAAAAAUUGUCGGUAGACCAAUUCUUGAUAGCGAACUUGCAUACGCAUUUGGAUACAAAUCUGAGGAUGAAUUUAAGAAGAGAAUUAAAAAUAGUCAAUACGAAUUAGAAAGGCGCCUAGAUUCGUUCGCUAUACCUCUUACAGAUCUUAUUAUGGAUAAAAUACAAAAUGACACUAAAGAUAAAUCUAUCAUAUCCGCUAUAUGUUCAUCUUAUAAAGACACAGUGGAACUUAUAAAGCAGAAAAUAUGUGCAGUCCAUCUCAAUCUUUCGGAAGCAAGUUACAAUUCACUAGCCAGUGCUAUAUUCGCAGCUGGUUAUACAGGAGGGAAGAGAGAAGUUCUCAAGGCAAGUUUGCCAGAUCAUCUCCCAAUUGGUACACUAAGACUUGCAAAGAAAGCUCUUGACACUAAGGAAGAAUUGACAUACAAACAGAGAGCAACUAUAAGGGAGAUUCAAUUUUCAAAACGCUUAGGAGUACCAUAUACUGAGUUCGACGAUGACUUUACUAAAACGGUUGCCAAUGUAGAGCUAAAAUACGGUAAAACAGAGAGAGGUUCUAUAAAAGAGUUGCUAAAAAAACAGGAGCAGAAGGAGAUUUUUGAUAAAGAACUUUCAAAGAGAUUAAAUACAGAUUUAGAUAGGAUAAAUGAAGCGAUAAAUGCUCUGGAAUGUAAAGUGGUCUCUCCCUAUGAAAAGAUACCAAAGGAAGCUAGAAGAAAGGGACCAUAUAGUGAUACACUCACAGGCAAAAUGAGGGGAAAAAAGUAUUACGGGGAUAUUGAUGAAAUUGAUAUCCCAGAUCCAAUAGAAGACGAUCCAAAUGCUUUGAGGGAGGAUGUUUUGAAUAGAUCUUUGAGAAGACUGAUAAUUGAAGCGUUGGAUGAUAGAAUAGCCAAGUUUGUUUAUAUGGCCGCUUUCGGGUUGUUCACAAGGGGAGUUUGGACCACAGAUAAACUCAUAGAAUCGUUAAAUAUCCAAGUAGAUAAAGAAGUGCUGGGUUUCAUAUUGUAUACAUCUAUUCUCAGAUGUCAGGAAUACGAAUCAUGGCGUAUAAAAUUAAAAUUACCACCAUAUGUAAAUGAGUGGGACGUAGAUCCUCGAAUAAUCCAACAUUCCAGACUAGAUUUAUCGCAUAUUCCUCACCAUCUCAAUGCUCCUAUUAAAGAAUACGUUAGGAGAAACCUAUAUCCUUCCUAUUCUUGGAAAACGGAAGGGGAUAAUGCUUCCAAAUGUGGUGAGAUUAAAAACAAUAGAAUCUUGCGACAGAAAAAAAUAAAGCCAAGAAUGCGAUCUCUUGAAAAGAUUCUAAUGAACCAUAAGAAAGAGAUGUAUAGAAUGGAUAAAAUAUUAGAAUCUAGUCCUUUAAAUUAUCUUGAUGACACUGGUCUUCACGAUCCACAAUAA